UGUCAGUUAUCUGUCAUUAAAUAUCGAAGUGUUGUGUUAUCAUUAUAUGGUUUAAUCGAAUUAUUAAUAUUUUAAUAAGUGUAUUAUCGGCUGGAUUAAAAACAAAUCUAACGAUUACUUAAAUUUCCAUUUAGUGAUUAAAAAAUUAACAUUCUCAUAAUCCAACUUGUUAAGAUUUUCAAUUUCGAAUGACUUCUGGCUGACUGCAAUGUAAGGUGUCCAAAGUGUACCUAACUGGUUUAACUGGACGAUGCAAGAAAUGUUGUUAUUGUAAAGUAUAUUAAAAAAAACUGCAAAAUGAUGGAUUCUGAUUUGGGAAACGCGGAUAUUUGUCGCGUGUGCCGUUCUGAAGGGAUGAUCGAAAGACCACUGUUUCACCCUUGCAUUUGUACAGGAAGUAUAAAGUGGAUUCAUCAAGAGUGUUUAGUACAAUGGAUGCGUUAUUCUAGAAAAGAAUAUUGUGAAUUAUGUGGCUACCGUUUUUCAUUUACACCUAUUUAUUCACCGGACAUGCCAAGAAGACUUCCCUUAAAGGACAUUAUUGAAGGCCUUAUUUGUUCAGUAGGAACUGCGUUUAAAUAUUGGCUGCAUUAUUCUCUUGUUGCAAUUGCUUGGCUGGGAGUAGUACCAUUAUCUGCAUGCAGAACUUAUCGUUGUUUGUUUUCUGGCUCAAUAGAAUCAGUUCUUACGUUACCAGUUGAUCUGUUUUCAACUGACAACAUUGGUGCAGAUAUUUUCCAAGGAUGCUUUGUAGUUACUUGUACCCUAUUUGCCUUUAUUGGAUUAGUGUGGCUUAGAGAACAAAUUCUUCAUGGUGGAGGACCAGACUGGCUAGAGCACGAUCGCUUAGCUCAGCCGCCAAUUGAGGAAGCUGCAGGUGUAGGUGUGGUUAAUAAUAACCCUGAAGACGUCGUUUACGCCGAAGAUGUGGGGGUCAACAACAAUGUUAGACAAGCAGAACAAGAGGUAGAAAAUGGUGCAAGAGUAAUUGCUGCAGCAGCUGAACCAGCAGAAGAAUUGGAUGGAAAUGCUGGAGAUGAAAACAACUGGAUUCCAAUGGAAUGGGAUAGGGCAGCUGAAGAGCUAACCUGGGAGCGACUUCUAGGUCUUGAUGGUUCUUUGGUGUUUUUGGAACAUGUAUUUUGGGUGAUUUCUUUGAACACACUCUUCAUUUUUAUCUUUGCAUUCUGCCCUUACCAUAUGGGUCUUGUUGCGUUAUCGAUAUUAGGCAUGCGAGAACCUGCAGCAGCGAGUCAUUUCGAGGGUCUACUGACUACCCUGUUUGGAUACUGCCUUGUAGGAAUGUUGCUGAUUAUACUACAUAAAAUUGCGACGCUUUUUAGGCUGGCGAAAGCCCGUCGUAUGCUCGGUCUAUGCUACGUGGUGGUCAAAGUGUCGAUGCUUUCGGUCGUUGAAAUUGGUAUUUUACCUUUAGUCUGUGGCUGGUGGUUGGACAUCUGUUCCUUAGCCAUGUUUGAUGCCACACUCAGAGACCGAGAAGUCAAUUUUAAAAUCGCCCCUGGGACGUCGAUUUUCAUCCACUGGCUCGUAGGAAUGGUCUAUGUUUAUUAUUUCGCGUCCUUUGUCCUUCUUCUACGAGAAAUUUUACGUCCGGGAGUCUUGUGGUUUCUCAGAAAUCUAAACGAUCCCGAUUUUAGUCCCAUUCAAGAAAUGAUACACCUCCCCAUUCUGCGCCACAUUCGUAGACUACUUUUAUCUGCCAUUAUUUUUGGUAGUGCUGUAUUGCUGAUGCUGUGGCUGCCAAUAAGGAUUCUACGAGUUGUCUGCCCCUCCUUUCUCCCAUAUACAGUCACAGUUAACAACGAGGCUCAAGUUAACGAAUUGAGCCUGGAGUUGUUGCUUCUUCAAGUCAUCUUACCUGCUUUAUUAGAACAAUCUCACACACGCAUCUGGCUUAAGGCUGUUGUAAGGAUUUGGUGCAAAGCUGUAGCUUGGCUGCUUGAUAUCCAUUCUUACCUUUUGGGGGACGCCGACACUAAUAACAUGCAACAACCCAACAACGAACGGAACAACCAAAAUAACGCACAACUACCACCUGCCGCACCAGAAUUAGUUGGAGGUUUGGGAGCUGCACAUCAUGCACUUUUAAUGAGGGAAGGACCGACAGGUUACCAGCCGUACGAAAAACCGUCGUUCUUCGUGGCACGUUUAAUACUUUUACUUGUGCUUGUAUGCUUUUCAUUGAUAGCAUCGAGCUUGGUAAUAUUAACGGUUCCGGUAUGGUUGGGUCGUCAUGUGAUGGAGCUGUGGUUACUAGCAGAUCCUCAAAUCGCGACCAUGACAUCGACAACGACGACAACCCAUUCACUUUCGCGUACAAGUGCCAAAGUUCACGAAUUGUACACGGCCGCGUGCGGGACGUACAUGUGUUGGCUAGGGGUUCGUGCGGCCACCCUUGUGCUUGGCUGGUUGCCCCAGGGUCGUGCGGCAAUUUUCGAACGUCUUAAACAGUGGUGCGUGCUCGGUUUAAAGACCAUAAUUGUGAGCGCCGUCUUGCUCGGUCUCAUCCCCCUCUUGUUCGGUCUUUUACUUGAAUUGGUCGUUAUAGUGCCCUUGAGGGUUCCUUUACACCAGACGCCCAUAUUGUUUAUAUGGCAAGACUGGGCCCUAGGGGUUUUGUAUACGAAAAUCGCAUGCGCUGUCACGAUGAUGGGCCCCGAAUUCUCCCUGCGAGCUGCCAUCGAACGGGCCUAUCGCGAUGGCAUUCGAGACAUGCAACUUAAGUUUAUAUUUAGUGAAUUGGCGGCCCCCGUUAUCAUCUGCUUCGGCCUUAUCCUGUCCGUACCGUAUGUGAUUAUUUACUCGAUCGUUCCCCUAUUUGUCAGCAGUCGUCAGAUGAGGAAUUUGAUCGCGAGAAGGCUUUACCCCUUUAUGCUACUUGUCGUCGUCGCGGGGAUGAUAGUCGUGUUUCAGAUAAGACAGUUUAAAAAAUUAUACGAGCACAUUAAGAAUGAUAAGUACUUAGUUGGACAGAGGCUGGUCAAUUACGAUCAUCGUAAAACGAAAGUGAAUAGCUCAGCGUCGACUGCACCGCCAUCGGCUUCCUCCUUGAACAACGCUAAUAAUUAAUUGAUUUUAUUAUUAAUUUGUUGUUGUUACUAUUCAAUUUUAAAUGAUGUUUUGCAAAAGAUGAAAAACAAGACACCACUUACACUUACUCAAACACAAGUCGGAUAUUGUGCUAUCAAUUGAUUCUGUUUCACACUUAUUGUACUAUUAUUGCUAUUAUUAUUAAUAGGUAUCAUUAUUAUAAAUAAAUCUUUUGUUAUUAUUUUAUAAAAGCGUUUAUUAUAAUAUACCACAGUAUAAACGUCAUCUAACUUAACAAAUGACAGAAUAAAUCCGAGCCAACAAAACGAGAAAACGUUACAACGAACAUAAAAAAUUGUAUCACGACUAAAAAACUUUUCUGCGAAGAACGGAUACAAGCCAUUAAAUCAAAUUGUAAUUGUACUUUUAAAAAUUCCGUUUUUUAUUCUGCCCUUUUUAUAAAAAUAAAUAUUUAACCAUU